AUUUUUUGUCAGCAUUAUACAAUGCGGCUCAGUUCAUACCUACAUUUUCUUCAGUUACCGAAUACAAUAACGCUGAACACAUCGCUUUUGUCUUAAUUUUUCACUCUUUCUCUCUGCAGUGUGCUCCAAGGGUCAGGCCGUGAGCAGUCAGUAUCGUAUGCUGGCUAAGAACGGCGGCUACGUCUGGGUGGAAACGCAGGGGACCGUUAUUUAUAACAGCCGCAACUCGCAGCCCCAGUGCAUCGUGUGCAUAAACUACGUCCUCAGCGACAUCGAGGAGAAAUCGAUGAUCUUCUCCUUGAAGCAGACAGAGUCGCUGUUCAAGCCGCAUCACAUGAGCAGCUUCUUCAGCGCAGGAGGUGCCGGCGUGACGGCAGAGCCGGGAGAAGCCCUCUUCACCAAACUCAAAGAGGAGCCGGAGGACCUCGCCCAGCUGGCUCCGACUCCCGGAGACACAAUCAUCACUCUGGACUUCGAUCGCCCUCAGUUUGACGAGUCCCAGCAGCCUGCAGGAUACACCCAGACAUCCGCCGCAGCCAUGCCCCCUCCGGGCCCUCCAUCCUGGGCCGGCGAGAGCCACAAGCUGGCCCCUCCGGCAUCACUUCCAAGGGACAUGGCGAACAUGUCGGGUACAUUCACUGUACAGCAGAACCCGCCACCGGGCAGCGCCACGCCGAGCCUCAGCAGCUGCUCCACGCCCAGCAGCCCAGGUGACUACUACGGCUCAGUGGACAGUGACCUGAAGGUGGAGCUGACAGAGAAGCUUUUUCUGACAGAGGAAGACGACUGUCCUGCAAACACUGAGGUGCGUUUCCCGUGAAUACGCUGUCUGAAACUUUGCCACUCUGUGAACAGUCCAUUAGUUUGAUUUAUGAGGCGGUGAUAACUGAAUCUGACAGAAAACCGUGCUUUCCUCAUCACUUCCUUAUUGAAAAAAGCUUGUUUAACAUAUGCAUGAUACAACGCGUAGAAAUGAGUCCCUU